AUGUUUCCUGGCUUCGCUUUGACAAUCGCCAUCCGCCCCGCUACCACCGCUCGCCAUGUCCAACUCGGCCGCCGCGCAACUAAACGCCUCGGCGAACCCUCGUAUCGGCCGUGUCCCCGCCGAGCCGCUGCUCGACCCAAAAGUGUUCCCGAACACGUCGGACGUGUACUUCUGGAACUCGUCACUGCCGCAACAGGGCAAUAUGGAUUGGAAGUAUACGAGCGCCCCAAGACGCCCGAGGAGGUGCUGGAGAAGUACCCGCUCAAGCCGACGUGCGACACAUUCUCGAGCUACCUCGCCCACGAGCAGGAUGAGAAGACGAGCAGCCUCGAGCUUUCCCUCUCGUCAGAUGAGGACGCCGAUAUAAGGGGCAGCAUGGUCUGCAGCGGAGUCGCAUCCUCGGGGCUCCUCAACUACACGGGCCAAUGCUGCGACGAGUCGGGAGGGAUCGUGAAAUGGGCCGAGAAGAGAAUCAACGCCUCCUCCACCAUCUCCGCCCAAUGCUACUAUCCGAAGAAUGGCAGCGGAUCGCGGGCCGCAGUCGAGAACUUCAAGACGUGCAUGGAACAGAGACAGACAUGGCCCGUAUGCGCCAAUGCGAGCAAAGUCGUCAACGCCAAGCCGGAUAGCUGGGCCAGUUUCGAUUCGCCUCACGUUGGAGCCACGUUACUCUUCAUCGUUGCCGCUCUCGCUACGGUUCUGUAA